UGCAUUUGGAUUUUAUUGAUUGAAUUUGGAUAUCGUUCGAUUUUGGAAUUAUUUGACGCUGGCGAAAAAUGAAUUUCUUCGUGAUUGGAUUUCUAAUAAUGCAGGCGGCAAGAUUGGCUUGCGGGACAUGCGUUUUUGAAUCUGAAUUCGGUUUCAUACUCAAUUGUAACUUCAAAAAAUCUGGACUAUUUCGUGUAAGGAAUUUGGGCGGCCUUAAAGCACAUUUUGGUUUAGGUUUCAGUUUGGGCGAUGAACUGGGCUUUGCCGAAUCGUUGGGCAAUGUGGAAGGUGAACCGGAACGUCGUCGCGCUAUUAGCUAUAAAAAUGGGCCACCACCAAGUAAUGCUGCUGGUGUUUUGCCUGCCACACAACUUGCGCCAGGACAGCACCCCAUUCCCGAUAAACGCAUUGGCGCACGCGCCUCACCUACCUAUAGUGCCACAUAUAGAGAAAAUGUAAAGCAGUCGGCUGCGCCCAAGCAACUCAUGACAGAGGCACGUCCAUUACCGUUAGGUGUACCUGCAUUCCGUCCCAUUCCAAAAACUGCAACUGUACCAGUCGCGCAAAUAGCACAGCGACGUACAAAUAUUGCCGUGGAUACAACGAAUCCACGCGUUCGCCUUAACAAUAAAUUAGUCGAAAGUUACUCAGGGCCAGUGAAUUCCAAUCGUACCUUCCAUGUUGCCAAUCCAACUGUCUCCCAACCCAUUGCCGUGCCUGCUUUUCAGGCAAUGCCCAGCUCUGUUGCACGACUAGCUGCGGCUACAAAAUCUAUAGCAAACGCCGAAGAACGCAUUAUGCAUUCUCAUCCGAAUUAUUUACAGUUCGAGGAACCAAAAUUCGAUUUGAAGGAUGUGACUGUAGAGGAAUUGGCAUCGGCGGCUAAUGUCACUGUCGAUACGAUCAAGCAUGCAAUUUAUGUGCGCGAACAACAGAUGAAGGCUGAGCAUCGCGCAAUGUUGGCGGCUAAGUUGCGUCAGGAAUUUGUGCGUACAUCAACCACAGCAAGAACUACGACAACGACAACAACGACAACGCCAGUACCAGUGGCGGCCAUCCGAGCUCCGGUGAUGAUGAAUUGGCCGCAAGCUCAGGACGCAUUCGAAAACCAAAAUGUCAAAGAAAAUGUUGCCUUCGAGAGUAAGAUGUCUAAGGUCAUGAACGCUCCUCGUGAGUACUAUCCCGUUGGUUAUGACAAGAAUUUCGAUGACAACUUCAAGUCAAAAGUCGAUUUACCACCCACAAGUUUCUCAUGUGGCAAACAGAAACAUUUCCCUGGACUGUAUGCGGAUACAGAUUUGGGUUGCAUGGUCUUCCAUGUGUGCGCACUAACCGAUGAUGGCCUCGUGCGCAAGUCUUUCCUAUGCCCGGAGAACACACUCUUCGACCAAACAAUAUUGAAAUGUAAUUGGUGGUUCUAUGUGGAUUGUAGUACCAGCAAGAGUGUCUACGACUCUAAUAUACCAAUUUCGAAGAGCUAUCAACUAAUGAAAUCACUCACCUACUUUUCCAAAUACAACCAAAAUAGCGAUAAUGAUGGUGGUGAUGGUGGUUUGGAUAUACAAACACUCAAGGACUCCAUGGCAGAGGAGGAGAAUGGCAAGGCGCAUCGCUUUUCGGAGAAGGCGCGUAGCUUUAUUAUACGUGCCGACGAAACAACGGCUGUACCGGAGCUAGCGACAAACAGUGGUGCGAGUGCCGGUUUGGAGACGGAGAGCAUGCAACUAAUAAAGGAGGUUACACCUACAGCAAGCAACGUCGAGGAGAUCACUACGGAGGAUAUUAUUACGGCACAGCCUAUAUACGAUCGGCUGGCUGAGUUGAAGGCCAAGUUGGACAGUAUUAAGGCGGCACAUAGUCAGUUAACAACAGAGCAAACGAACGAAGCUUGAGGGGAGAGCGAAGGGAAGCGCUACGCAGGGAUUUAAUUUAAGUUUUCGAAAGUGGUGUUUUAAAAUACGUGUAGGUGGAUGUACAGACAAGAAGACGAGGCAUGGAGGGUCGCAACAUUUCUUGGUGACAUCGAGUUUUUAUACGAAUGUUGAGUGCCGUUGUGUUGUACCAAACUUCCUCAUAUGUUUUUGGCUUAAUAUCACGUACAUACGAUUACAUAUUGGUGUGUAUGUAUGUGUGAAAGUAAGUACAUUUGUCUUUCCUAAAUAGUCAUUGUGCGCAUUUAUCAUUUUUUAUCAAGUUUAAAAAAUAAUAUCGGGGUUGCGCAACCUUAGCACUUAAGUCUUCGUCUUAGUUUAAUUUGUAAUUUUACUUUUGUUACUACGCUAUGAAAUAAAAUAUGUAUGUAUAUGUGUAAGCUUCAACCUAGAUUG